AUGAAUCACAGUCACUGGAGUUUCACCACAUUUGCUGAUAUAUCAGUUUUUAUCUCUCAAGAUGACAAAGCAAAGAUCGGACUUGGAGUACCUGCGGUAGGUUUUACAUUCUGCAUAUUACAAUCCAUUAACGAAUCUAAGACCAUAACAGACCAGUAUUUUCCUAUGGGAUUCAGACAAAACCUAAUCUUAGCAUCUCUUGACACAUCUUCGCUUACGCAUAUUCAAGACCUAAAAAGACUUGCUUCAAAUUCUCAAUAUGAUGAUAUGCUGAAAAUAAAUGGAAUAGUUCGAUCUAUAUGGAUUUUAUUGGUAAAUGAAGGACCUGAUGAGAAUCCUAAUCACUUAAAAAAUAUCAAAGCCUAUUGUCAGUCAAAGUAUAAUUCAAUUGAAAGAGACAUAGCAACCUUGUAUGGUAAACUCGCUGGUAUUACUUUGCCAAUCGACUAUUUUGGUAUACAUUUGAAUACACAAGGCAAAGUUAUAGAUCCAGAAUUAGCUGUUUGA